AGUAGCAAAUGUCUUUGCAAUACGGAUAGUAAAGCGUGGUUGCAAUGUUUACUUGAGAUGUGUGUGUGUGUGUAGAGUUUGUUUGUAAGUGACAAUGAAAGUUAAAGUUCUCUGUCGGAAUCCAGACGAUUAUCUGCGUGAAACGAAACGUGAUUUGUACAAAGUUCCUAGAAACUAUGAUCCAAAUCUUCAUCCAUUUGAAGCACCUCGAGAAUAUAUACGUGCACUCAAUGCAGUGAAGCUUGAGCGAGUCUUUGCAAAACCAUUUAUUGGAAAUUUAGAAGGUCAUAAAGAAGGAGUCAGUUGCAUUGUAAAACAUCCUGCUCGUCUUUCAUCAGUAGCUAGUGGUUCGUAUGAUGGAGAGGUUCGCAUUUGGGAUCUGCCGCAGCAGGCCUGCAUUCACUCUUUCCAGGCUCAUGAUGGGUUCUUGCGAGGAAUUACCUUCCACUCUGAUGGGCAAAAACUUAUUACAGUUGGUGAUGACAAAACGAUAAAGACAUGGCCAUCAAAUGCCCCAAAACUUGGAGCAGAUGUGGAGCCUCUGAAUACUAUCCUUAGUAGGACUGUACUUAUGGGAGUGAGCCAUAAUUACAGAAAAGAUGUCUUUGCUACUUGUGGUGAACUGUGCCAGAUUUGGGAACAUUCUCGCAAUGAGCCCAUUCAUUCAUAUCAGUGGGGAGUUGACAGCUUACAUACCAUUGCAUUUAAUCCUGUAGAAAGUGACUUGUUAGUGACAUGUGCAAGUGAUAGAAGUAUCAUUUUGUAUGAUACACGUGAUACUGGACCAAUGCGAAAACUUGUUAUGACCUUACGUACAAAUCAAAUUAGUUGGAACCCGAUGGAGCCAUUUGUUUUUACUACAGCAAAUGAGGAUUACAACCUCUACAGUUUUGACAUGAGAAAGUUAAAUGCACCAUUUCAAGUUCAUUGUGACCACACAUCAGCUGUGAUCACAGUCGACUAUUCUCCUACAGGAAAGGAGUUUGUUAGUGGAAGCUAUGACAAAUCAAUAAGAAUUUUUGAAGCUGCAAAGGGGCAUUCAAGAGACAUCUACCACACAAAACGAAUGCAAAGACUGACAUCAGUUGCUUGGUCUCUUGAUAACAAAUACAUUCUAAGUGGCUCAGAUGAAAUGAAUAUUCGAAUAUGGAAAGCACGGGCAUCUGAAAAACUGGGAGUGCUUCGACCUCGAGAAAAAGCAGCUUUCAACUACAAUGAAUCGCUCAAAGCAAAAUUUGCAGCACACCCACAUAUCCGUCGCAUAGCACAUCACAGACAAGUACCAAAGCACAUUUAUAAUGCUCAGAAGGAACAUCGUAUCAUCAAAGAGAAACAAAAGAAAAAGGAAGCCCGCAGACGAGCACACUCCAAACCUGGAUCUGUUCCAUUCAUUUCCGAAAAGAAAAAGCAUAUUGUCAAAGAACAAGAAUAAUUUACAUUUUUGUAUACUACAUCUCAGAAUAAAACUUCUUUUGUUGAA